AUGUCAGGCGAGCACGUGGCCGAAAGGUACCCGGCGCAAGGAGGACAAGCCGUCGAGUACGAUAUGCAGCAGCAACCCGGGGGCAGUUCAAGAGGAAAUAUUCUCGCAGGAGAUAGUUUCGCAGAAGGCGCGGAGUUGCAGCCUCUAGCAACCCGGCCGCAGCCAUCCCUCCCCGGAUUCGUGGGUGGGCAGGCUGGUUCCAAGAGGACCGCCAACGCAUACGCAGCUUCGUCAUCGUCACCCAGACGGCCUAUCUCCUCCUCAGCUUCCUCGAACUGAGUAAUUAACUCGAUCACGUUUCUCUCAUGUAACCAUGCAGCGGCCUGAGCGUGCAGCUGGCGCUGUUGCUCCGUUAACCCCUCCUCUUCGGACAUCGUGUACUACUACUGCUGUACGCUGGUAGCUGGUUACACAUUGUUGUGUGGGUAGCGGGCCGCAGCCUGCGGGAUGUGCUCCUACUUUGCGGUAACUACGUUGAACAGUCGAAAUUCCGAGGCGCGCGGCAGGACACGUCACAUUUUGGUGCGUGGGACGCACCGGCACCGGGACCGGGAGUAUGCAAACCAUUCGGAUAUUUGGCUCUAUCCUGAUGAAAUCAUCGGGACGUGAAACAGCCGAAAUUACACGUAACACCAGGACGCCGGAGUUUGCAAUGCGUCAAAUAUCAACAAUUGCGACACCCACUUUAUGAAUUGUUUCUCUGCACCCAGGUCCCUGUGGAAAGUUUUUUUUUUCUUGUUGUCAAUUUAUUUGCAAAUAACCGGAAAAUCUUGUUCACUUUUUCCUGGGGUGGGCUUUUGUCAGACCACAAUUAUGAGACCGGAUUUCGACAGCUCUCGCGAUUCCCCAGGUGGAAUUUUCUUCCGAUUUCGAUUUCAGCAAAAAUUGACGAAGUUAUCGCCGAAAAACUGGAUUAGAGAGACCAUUUUGUUCACUUUUUCCCUCCGACAUUCAACCAUAGAGCUUCAUCAAGACCACGGCAAUCGAUUCCU